GAUUUUUGCAGCACACAGCUCUUCCGUUACGGGGAGAACUCUCACAGCUUGGAGCUGUGGCCCAGUCGCUGCGGCUUUCGGGCGCUUUAGAGCGCUUUUCUCUUCGGCAGCUCCACCCAGCAAGAGCGAACCCACCCGAGGGAGACAGCCGUGGGCAGACCACAGGGACAGAGGCCUGGGUGUGGGGGCGGGUGUGGGGCGACGCCUGCGCUCUGCUCGGGUCCCCACUGGUUGGCAGAGGAAGUGCUACACGCAAGGUUUCAUUUCCUGAGCUGAGCGGGACCCGGACCGGCCUCAGCAUGAAGAGGCUGGUGGCUGCUGCAGUCGGAGGAGCCGUGGCCGUGGGGGCUGUGCCGGUGGUGCUCGGUUCCCUGGGCUUCACCGGGGCAGGAAUCGCGGCCUCCUCCAUAGCAGCCAAGAUGAUGUCUGCAGCGGCCAUUGCCAACGGGGGUGGAGUGUCCGCGGGCGGCCUGGUGGCUACUCUGCAGUCAGUGGGGGCAGCUGGACUCUCCAUGUCAUCCAACGUCCUCCUGGGCACUGUUGGGUCUGCUUUUGGAGCCUGGUUGGCGGGUUCAAAAAAGGGAACAGAGACACCUUCUUCUCCUCCCCCAGCUGGACCUAAAGCUGAAGAGGACCAGCCAGAAGAAAAUGUACCCGAAGUUGAACCUCCAAAAGCCCCACUCAAGUCAGAUGAACAUGACAAAUAAAAUCACGUGCAGAUGUGCC